UCUUCACAAGGAAACAAUCCAUGCAGAAGCAGUUGCUGUUGCAUUACCAACGCGAUCACAAGUCAAGGCAUACAAAAAACAAGCAGCAUGUCCAAUCACUCUAAGCCAUUGCUUAAGAUCCUAGUUUUGGGAGACUGCGGCGUUGGGAAAACCUCACUGAUGAAUCGCUAUGUAAACAAAUGCUUUACAAAUAUGUAUAAAGCAACGGUUGGAACUGGCUUUUUUACUAAAGAGGUUAAUGUCAACAAGCGCAGGAUCACAAUGCAGAUGUGGGACAUGGCUGGUCAGGAUCGCUUCCAGACACUCGGCGUGUCCUUCUUUCGCGGCACGGAUUGCUGCGUGCUCGUUUACGAUGUUACAUCUCCGAACUCAUUCAAGAAUUUGAACUUGUGGCGCGACGAAUUCUUAAUACAGGCCAGUCCGCGGGAUCCUGCAAAUUUUCCCUUUGUUGUGCUCGGCAAUAAAGCUGAUCUAGAUGAACAAAAAGUACCGACUCGGGUCGCUCUGCAUUGGUGUAAAAUGAACAACAUGCCCUUCUAUGAGAUCUCGGCAAAAAAUGGCUGCAAUGUGGAACAAGCGUUCGAGGAAAUAGCAAAAAUGGCAGUGGAAGCGUUAGAGGAGCAACAGAGAGUCGAUAACGAUUUUGACCCUGCCAUAGUCCUAGAGCCCGAUGGUCCGCCUCAGAAAAUAUGCUGCUGCUGUUAAAAUAAUAAAUACAAUAUGAAUUCGCAGCAUAAUCCUUGCAAGUAAUAUGCCUUAUCCUGAAUCUGAAUCAAUUUUCUUAUGUGAAUUAAGUUUGAGCCAUUUAUACAACAAUUUAAAAAUAACAAUUUACAUAUU